AUGCGACAGCACGCGACGACCCGCUUUUCGAAUUCCGAUCUGCCGCAGGGUGCGUUGAAGCUUGAAGCUUACAAUGAUGGAUCCGACGAUGCGCCUCGGUACCCAACUGUUGUGCAGGGGCACAGGAACAACAUGGAGAAAUUCAAGAACUGCGUCGUCCUGACUCGCGUUGGAGGUUUCUACGAGCUUUAUUUUGAACAAGCAGAAGAAUUAGCCCAUCAUCUCAAUAUCAAACUCGCGUCAAAGAAGACCAACGCCGGACCGGUCCCCAUGGCUGGUUUCCCAUUCUUUCAGCUGGACCGAUUCCUGAAAGUGCUUGUACAGGAUCUGAAUAAAUAUGUGGCUAUCAGUGAAGAGUUUAUGAAUCCAGCGGAAGAGAAAUCCAAGUCCGGAGGAUUGCUAUUCGACCGCAAAGUCACCCGGGUCAUCACGCCAGGCACGCUGAUUGACGAAAAGUUCAUCGACACGUCUCAGAACAACUUCCUUUUGUCCCUCUACGUGGACACGAAUAUUGCAGAUAACAGCAAUGAUAAAGCCCCCACCGCAGCUCAUCUUCUACUUUCGGGCACUGAACGUGUCGGGCUCGCCUGGAUGGAUUUGUCCACGGGAGACUUCUUUACCCAAGUAACUACGAGCCAGAUGCUUCCAUCAGCAAUCGCCCGGAUCGGGGCGAGGGAAAUUAUAGCUGAUCAGCGGCUACAAGAUCUCCUAGGUCAAGAACUUCGGAUGCUUGUGGGAAUAGACCAUCACCUUCUUACGUUGUUCGAUGCGCCUCAAACCGCAAAGCCAAUGUCGGAAUGGACUCCUAUGCUAGAGGCACCAGUAUCACUCGAGACGGAGUCUGUGUUCACCAAUGAAGAAGUGGCAGCAGGAUUCAGUCUUCUCGAGUAUGUAAGGAUUCAACUUCAAGGUGUCGACAUGAAGCUACAACCACCUCGUCGGCGGCAUUUGGAAGAAUCUAUGGGAAUCGAUCGCAGCAGUCUCAGGGGCCUUGAAAUCUUGGAGACGGCACGAGAUGGUCUGGGUAAAGGCAGCGUGUUUCAUGCCGUUCGCAGAACUGCCACGAAAAGCGGCGCGCGCCUUCUUCGGGAUCGAUUAACAUCACCAUCAACGUCCUUGCCCAUGAUCAACGAGCGCCUUGAUCUUGUUGCUUACUUAAUUGAAAAUGAAAAUAUACGAGAAACGAUCAUCUCGCUUCUCAAACGGAGCUACGACUCCCAAAGACUUGUACAGAAAUUCACAUUGGGUAGAGGUGAUCCAGAUGACUUGAUAUGCUUGUCCAGGGCCAUUGAAGCUUCUCGAGAAGUCCGUCGAGUGCUGACAGACUCCCAGAGUCGCCUCGCUUCUACUUCUGAGAACUACUUGAAAAGCAUGGACGCUUUGGUCAACAGGUUGCUUCUUGACGGUCCUAUAGAAUUGGCAGAGAAGAUUCUUGCUGCGAUCGACGAGGAAGGGCUUCUCCAAAAGCAACGUAUAGAGGAUAACAAUGCGGCCGAGGCUGCCGGUCUUGCACAAGAAGUUGCUCUAAACGAGGGUGUGCCUGAAGACCUAGAUUCUAUACCUAGAAAGGUGCGCUUCAAGACGACUGGUCGACGGGGAGUUUCGGUCGAGUCAGAUCGAGGAGAUGUAGACACCUGGAUUAUGAGACGUGACGCCAGUGACACUUUGCAAAGGCUGCACGAAAAUAUCGAUGCACUCACAACCGAAAAGAUGAAUCUCACAACUCGCCUACAAGAGCAGGUGGGAUCGUCUGGGUUGACACUCAAAUGGACCCCUGGCCUUGGCUAUAUAUGCCACGUCAAAGGGGCGAAGAUUUCGCAAGAGGCACUUGAAGAUCUCGGUGUCACGCGUAAUGUUUCCUCAACCAAGAGUACGCGGUCUUUCUAUUUACCAGAAUGGUCCAAACUGGGUGCACGAAUUGAUCAAGCAAGAGUUCAUAUCCGUUCUGAGGAACAGCGGAUAUUCGAGGAUCUUCGUCGAGGAGUAAUUCUCAACCUGGUGAAGAUCCGUCGCAAUGCAGCCGUGAUGGACGAAUUGGAUGUCGCAUGUUCAUUCGCCACGUUGGCAAGGGAACAGCAAAUGGUACGGCCCAUAUUAAAUACAACUACUUCCCAUCGCAUUGUUGGUGGAAGACACCCUACAGUCAAACUAGGGCUCGAGGAGCAGGGUCGACCAUUUGUUAGCAACGAUUGCUUCAUCGGUGACUCUGAGCGUGUGUGGCUCAUCACGGGCCCAAACAUGGCUGGAAAGAGUACAUUUUUACGACAAAACGCACUGAUAACGAUCCUAGCCCAAGUUGGCUCUUUUGUGCCCGCAGAAUAUGCAGAAAUCGGGAUGGUUGAUCAGAUCUUCAGUCGUAUUGGUGCAGCCGAUGACCUCUUUCGGGAUCAGUCAACCUUUAUGGUGGAAAUGCUUGAGACUGCUUCGAUUUUGAAACAGGCCACUGCUCGAUCUUUUGUCAUCAUGGACGAGGUCGGGCGAGGCACCACGCCCGAAGAUGGGACUGCAGUUGGCUUUGCUUGUCUGCAUCAUUUGUACAGUGUGAAUAAGUGCCGGACCUUAUUCGCAACUCACUUCCACGCUCUCGCCGACCUGUCUGCCGGUUUUGAGAACCUAGGGACUUAUUGCACAGAUAUCAAAGAAAGCCCAUCGGGCUCUUUUUCUUUUGUGCAUAAACUGCGAAAGGGUGUCAACCGGCAAUCUCACGCUCUCAAGGUAGCCCGUCUAGCAGGUCUUCCAGACAGUGCACUCUCGGUGGCGCAGGAUCUACUUGAUCAGAUGCACUCUACAAAGAACCCUGGACGGCCUGAAGACAAGGCCACCCUGGCAGGGGCAGGGGCCGGCUAA